UUUUGGAUCAUGUCGUCCUAUACCCCACAGACAGAUUUGCCGCUUGAACGCUCUCGUCUUAUUGGAGUGAUUUUGGGAGGUGUAUCCUACGGUGCAUACCUUCUCCUCACUGUACAAGCGGUGAUUGCUCUCAUGCAACGUCCCCGACAUGGGCAGAAAAUUGCAAAUAAUCGUCGCGCGCUUCUUUGUUACACCCUCAUCACAUUCGCGCUUACGACGAUAAACUUUGGUGUCAAUACAAAAUAUACGGAGAUGAUUUGGAUAGACCUUCGUGACGCACCUGGUGGUCCCGUUGCGUUGAUUGAGAACGUAAUGCAGUACCGUAUCAACUUUAUGGCGAUAUGCUGUGGUUACGUCGGGGAGUGGUUGAUGCAAGCACUGCUUCUUUACCGAUGUUUUAGUGAUAUGGAAUUGGGAAGACGCGUGAUGAUCCCCAUGGUCGCCCUCUAUAUUGGCAUAAUUGCAGCAGCCAUCGUCGUCUUGGUCCAGGCAGUGGCGCACACCAUGCUUUAUACCAUUCUCGUGGCGAAACGUUUGCUCUCCAUACGAAGCCAGAUGAAGACGGCGUUCAAGGCUGAAUAUGAUUCUAGCACUUAUGAUACCAUCAUCCUCAUGGUCGUCGAGUCCGCCAUGGCAUACACUGUCUUCAUCAUUAUAUUCAUAGUUGGUUUUGCUGUGCAUUCAGAGUCUCUCUCCACGCUAUGCUUUUUGUCUGUUAUCCAAGUUCAGGGCAUUGCGCAAUUGUUCAUCAUCAUACGUGUGGCACGGGGGAGGGCAGUUACACAUGAUUGGUCGACCCGAAAUGCUCCAGCAGCACCUACGACUCUAGCAUUCGCAGGGACUACAUCGAUCCCAGCUGAAGGAACCAACGUGGCACAAGCAGCUGGGCCAGAGCAGGACAGUGUCAGUGACUUACAGUCGUAUUCUGUUUCGGCGAAGUCGGCGGAAGCAAAUGUAUAA